CCAACCAACCACUGUUGUUGUAAUCCACGAAGCUCCAACUGUUGUGUUGCUUCCUCUGCUCCUCGUGUCAGCAACAACAACACCGUGCAAUCUUCAGAACCCAAUUGCCAGAAGAGUUACCCAUAACAUAAAAAUGCUAUCUUUCGCCAUAACCACUCAUGCUUUCCCCGUUAUUGCCAUUAACAAAUGGAAGCAGAGACAUAUGCAAAGGCAAAUGCAAAGGGUGUCACUUUCAGCUUCCAUUCACCAUGACAGCUUGAGAGUGCUCGAAUGGGACAAGCUUUGCGACUUGGUCGCUUCCUUCGCCACCACUUCCUUGGGCCGUCAAGCCCUCAAGGAUCAGCUAUGGUCUCUUAAUCAAACUUUUGAGGAAAGUCUUAAACUUCUCGAGGAAACCAAUGCUGCCGUUGAAAUGAACAAGCAUGGCACUCUCAGAUUGCACUUGGGGCACCUUGAUGCUAUGCUGGUCAAAACCGCCAUUCAACAUGCCCGGAGAAGUAUACCAGUGAGUGGUUAUGAGGCACGGGCCAUUGUGGCUCUUCUGCAGUGUGCUGAGAUCGUGCAGGGUGAUCUCAAGGCUGUAAUUAAGGAAGACAAAGAUUGGCAUAAUCGUUUCAUGCCUCUUACAGAAGUGAUAAUGGAGUUUGUCAUCAAUAGAUCUUUAAUUAAAGCGAUAGAGCAAGUGGUUGAUGAAGAUGGCUCUAUUAAGGACUCUGCGAGUCCAGCCCUUAAGCAGGCACGGCAACAAGUUCAAGUGAUUGAGAGAAAGGUACAACAGUUAAUAGAGAGCAUAAUCAGGAAUGAAAAGAGUGAAACAUCAACCCUUGAAGUGAAUAACAUUGAUGGCAGGUGGUGUGUAAGAGUAGAUUCUGGACAGAAGACCAGUUUUAAGGGUCUAUUGUUGUCCAGUGGAUCCGGAGUUGGAAGUACUAUAGAGCCACUUUCUGCUGUUCCUUUAAAUGAUGAGUUGCAGCGAGCAAGAAGUUUGGUGGUAAAGGCUGAAGCAGAUGUGCUUUUGGCAUUAACCAAAAAGAUGCAGCUGGACCUUGAUGAUAUUGAGAAGACAUUGAACAGUUUGGUUGAACUAGAUGUGAUCAAUGCUCGUGCUACUUAUGGUCUGUCAUUUGGAGGGUCAAGUCCUCAUAUAUUUCUGCCAGAUAGGAGUAGCUCUUCUACUGCAGAAGCAUUCUUACCAAGGAGCGAAAAUCUCUAUGGACCAUUACCCAGCAAAAGGGAAUGGACGCUAUAUCUUCUAAAAGCUUAUCAUCCUUUAUUGCUCCAGAGACAUAAGGAGAAAUUGCGGAAGGCCAAAAAGAAUGUCAAUCUUGCUACUUCAGAUGCUGCACUGGACAAUGCUCCGCCAGUACCUGUUGAUUUUUUGGUAUCUCAGAAAACUCGUGUUAUAGUUAUAACUGGCCCUAAUACUGGUGGUAAAACCAUAUGUUUGAAGACCGUAGGAUUGGCUGCUAUGAUGGCAAAAUCAGGUCUCUAUGUUCUUGCUUCUGAAUCUGCGCAAAUUCCUUGGUUUGAUUCUGUUUUUGCUGACAUUGGUGAUGAGCAGUCCUUAUCACAAUCUUUGUCUACGUUCUCUGGCCACUUGAAGCAGAUAAGUAAUAUUAAAUCACAGUCAACAAGCCAGUCGCUAGUGCUACUAGAUGAGGUUGGUGCAGGAACAAACCCCCUUGAAGGAGCAGCACUAGGAAUGGCAUUAUUGGAAUCUUUUGCACAAGACAGUUGUUUGUUGACUAUGGCUACAACUCAUCAUGGUGAAUUGAAAACACUAAAAUACAGUGAUGAGGCCUUUGAAAAUGCAUGUAUGGAGUUUGAUGAAGUGAAUUUGAAGCCAACAUACAAGGUUCUUUGGGGUGUACCAGGCCGCUCAAAUGCAAUAAAUAUAGCCGAGAGGUUGGGACUACCAUCUGUUGUUGUAGAUACUGCUCGUAUGUUAUAUGGUUCUGCUAGUGCAGAGAUAGAUGAGGUUAUAACUGAUAUGGAAAGGUUAAAACAAGAAUACCAAGAACUAUUGGAUGAAGCACGUCAUUAUCUGAGGCACUCCAGAGGACUUUACAAUAGUCUAUUGAACACCAGAAGGAAGAUCAUAGAAUAUAGUACUAAUCUAAGAUUUAAGAAGAUGAGAGAUGUGUCCGAGGCUGCAGCGAUGGCAAGAUCCAUCCUUCACAAGAAAGUGAGGGAAUUGGAUGCAUCAGCUAAGCUACCUUCACAGAAUAAUAAAACCAUUAGCAGCUCUAAUUUAUCAGCAACCAACAAAAGCCAAACUGUUGCAGAGAACAAAGAACCCACUAUUGCUGAUAAAAGUGCAUCUUCUGUUAAAGUUUUUAAUCGAUCAAGAUCAGAUAAAUCUGGGCCUCCCAAGGUUGGUGAUAUGGUACAUGUCUCUUCCCUCGGGAAACAGGUGACUGUUUUAAAAGUGGAUUCAUCCAAAGGAGAAAUUGUAGUUCAAGCUGGAAACAUGAAGUUGAAGCUGAAACUAACUGACAUUCAAAGAUCAUAGAAGCGGGGGAAUCAUGGCCAUGGUUAGAAAUGUGAAAAAUGUGCAUUGAAACUGCUAUCAUAUGAUAAUGACGUAAGAUAAAGCAAAGGUGGGGGGCACUUUCAGCUUCAGAAACUAAAGUUCCUAGAUUUCUCCGGAUGUGUCAAGAACUACAGUUUUGCAAUGUCAUCAGCAAUACAAAUAGUUGGCGUGCUAGUUGUGCAAGAAUAAAUUAAAACUGCCAAAAAAAAGAAGAAGAAAACAAGCCAUUCAGUUAAAGAAAGUUAUGGGCAAGUGGUGGUGCUUGCUUAGUGGAAAGAACAAUGACAGGCCUUUUGACACUGUUGGAGGUGAAUGGACUGCACCCUCUUCAAGAAUAUACUAACGGAUUCCUAUGAUGUCCUAGGAUUCCUUUAAUUAAGAAAACACCUUCCACCCCCUAAAAAUCAAUUAAUGAAAAGGGAGCUUAGUGUGACGUAGAAAGACUAUGACACUGAGUGUGGUAAAAGACAAUACAACUAGUUUUUUGUAUAAAACUUGUUUACUUUUUUUUUUUUUCCUAACACUUUUGUAUAGUGUGUUUGGUCGUGCAUAAAAAAUGUAUGAGACAUACAUCUAGUGUGUUUGGUGUAGCAUUCACUUGUUACGUUUUCACAUUAAUCUUCCACAUCAAAGCAAAGGCUACUCUUUGUGACUUUUCA